AGUGUGUAGUCAGACACUCAGAGGGAUCCGGCUCUCCUUUUGAAGCCUGCUCAUCUUCACUUCUCUCCUCAGAGCUACCAACUUUACCACUGCAAAUAUGUCAGUCAGAAAGUCAACAUCGGUCUAUAGCAUUGGCAGCAGCAGGAAGUCUGCAGUACCAGGAGGCAGCUUCAGCAGAACUUCCAGUUACCAGAUCAGUGGCAGUGGUGCUGGCUAUGGUGGGGCUGGCGCUGCCUACGGUGGGGCUGGUACUGGCUUAAUUGGUGCUAGUGUUGCUGGCAGGAAUUUCAGCAGUUUUAGCAUGGGUGGCAUGGGUGGCAUGGGUGGUAUGAGUGGUUCUGGUGGUUUCGUCGCUCCACCGAUCACAGCUGUCACAGUCAACCAGAGCCUGUUGGCCCCUCUGAACCUGGAAAUUGACCCAACCAUCCAGGCCGUCCGCACCCAGGAGAAGGAGCAGAUCAAGUCCCUCAACAACCGCUUCGCCUCAUUCAUUGACAAGGUACGUUUCCUGGAGCAGCAGAACAAGAUGCUGGAGACCAAAUGGAGUCUCCUGCAGGAUCAGACCACCACCCGCUCCAACAUUGAGGGCAUGUUCGAGGCUUACAUUGCCAACCUGCGCCGACAGCUCGAUGGGCUGGGCAAUGAGAAGGUUAAGCUUGAGGGAGAGCUGAAGAACAUGCAAGGCCUGGUUGAGGACUUCAAGAGAAAGUAUGAAGAUGAAAUCAACAAACGUGCAGCUGUGGAGAACGAGUUUGUGCUCCUGAAGAAGGAUGUUGAUGCUGCCUACAUGAACAAGGUGGAGCUGGAAGCUAAAGUUGAUGCUCUUCAGGAUGAGAUCAACUUCCUCAGGGCCGUCUAUGAGGCGGAGCUUCGUGAGCUGCAGGGCCAGAUCAAGGACACAUCAGUUGUUGUGGAGAUGGACAACAGCCGUAACCUUGACAUGGAUGCCAUUGUUGCAGAAGUGCGUUCCCAGUAUGAAGACAUUGCCAACCGCAGCAGGGCAGAGGCUGAGACAUGGUACAAACAGAAGUAUGAGGAGAUGCAGUCCUCUGCAGGACAGUAUGGGGAGGAUCUGCGUACAACCAAGGCUGAGAUUGCUGACCUGAACCGUAUGAUUGCCCGUCUUCAGAAUGAAAUCGAAGCCAUUAAGGGACAGAGAGCCAGCCUUGAGGCUCAGAUCGCAGAGGCAGAAGAGCGUGGUGAGCUGGCAGUAAAGGAUGCCAAACUUCGCAUCAGGGACUUGGAGGAUGCUCUUCAGAGAGCCAAACAGGACAUGGCCCGCCAGGUCCGCGAGUACCAGGAGCUGAUGAAUGUCAAACUGGCCCUGGACAUCGAAAUCGCCACCUACAGAAAACUGCUGGAAGGAGAGGAGAGCAGACUGGCAUCUGGCGGCUCUAAUGCUACCAUUCACGUGCAGCAGUCUUCUUCAGGAGUGAGCAGUGCCGGAGGUGGAUUUGGUGGAUUUGGCAUGGGUGGUGCUAUGUCUGCCAGUGGUUCUGGAUAUGGUGGAGGUAUCACCAGGUCCUCCGUCACUACAACGAGCAGCGCCAGGAGAGUCUUUUAAAAAAAACAAAAGGAGAGCCAUCCCCCUUCCCUUCAGAAAUUCUUGAAAUUGGUUAAAACUUGUACCCUUCAUGGUAGCAUGCAAUAUUUUAAAACAUCCUCAACAAAAAGAGUUUCUGAAAGUUUCUGAAAGUUAACAUGGCCUUAAACACACAGAGCCAGGUCAGUUAGCGAGGUACCUCUUUCUGCACUGACAUCCAAGUUAUGAGAAAAAGCAAAAAGCAAAGCUUUCACAUUAAUGGAUAAUUAAAACUAAGAAAGGAAAACAUCAGGUAUAUGGCCUGUUUCCACACAAACUAUGUGGUGAAUGUUGCUGAAAUAAAAUACUGUUUCUUUUCUCUUGAAAAACAAAAUUUUUCAUUUGAGUGCUGAUGUUUGCAUGAUGAGAGCAAGUCACCAACCAAUCAGAUCACUGGACUUAAACAAAAAUUUAACAAGUUGAAACUCCAUGUUUACAUUUAAGGUGCAUCCUUUGAAGUGAUUGGCAAUUGACUUGUUCUGGUCAUGUUUCCUUCCUUAGUUUUACAUUUCCCUGCCUUGAAGCUGUUGUAACCAGAUUUAUUUUGUAAAAGCCACACAACUGAAAAAUGCUGCAGAAACUGACAUCAAAUAAAUCUGAGAUCCUAAA